UCCAUCUAGUGUUGGUUCUAGUAUCUGUGAUGAAGACACUCUUAAAUCCAUUUCGGUUUCAACGGAAGAAACUAGCUGUCUACUUUCAAAUCUCUCUACAGAUAAAGCAACCGGUCGCGAUGAGAUAUCUGCCAGAUUGUUGAAAGAGUGUUCGAACGAGAUUGCUCCAUCCUUAACAGCGCUGUUCAACAAAUCACUCACUCUUGGUAAAGUUCCCCAGGAAUGGAAGGAAGCUAAUGUUGUCCCUGUUCCCAAGAAAGGUAAUGUUCACGAGGUCAGUAACUAUCGGCCGAUUUCCCUGCUGUCACUAGUGUCGAAACUUCUCGAGCAAGUUGUGCAUUUGCACGUGUCGGAAUUUGUUGAAUCAUCACUGAGUAGUCUGCAACAUGGUUUCCGCAAAAGACGUUCGUGUGUCACCCAACUUCUUGGUGUUUUCCACGACGUUGGUAAAGCCCUAGACUCGGGAAAGGAAGCUGACAUGGUUUACUUAGACUUCUCCAAAGCCUUUGAUUCUGUUUCUCAUCGAAACCUUCUUUUGAAACUUGAACAACAUGGUAUCUCCGGUUCAUUGUUGAACUGGUUCUCCGACUAUUUGAGCGAAAGACGUCAGCGAGUAGUGGUCGACGGUGUGUCAUCCUCGUUUCUUAAUGUAACAUCAGGGGUACCACAAGGCAGCGUACUCGGCCCACUUUUGUUCUUGAUUUACGCAAACGACCUCCCAAAGGCAGCGAAUCAUAGCACAGUGCCCAUGUUUGCUGAUGACAGCAAAUGCUAUCGUCAAAUAACCCAACCUCGAGAUAGAGAUCUUCUUCAGGAUGACCUAAAUUCCCUACACCAAUGGUCUAAGACGUGGGACUUAAAUUUCAAUGCGAAGAAGUGUGUUGCCCUCAGAUUUUCACGAAAGAAAACCUCCGUUCCACCUCAAGACUACUUCCUAAACCAGCAACUUAUAAAGUCUUCCUCUACACAGAGUGAUUUGGGUAUCCUGGUGAGCGACAAUUUAAAAUGGUCCAAACACAUCAUCAGUAUCGUUUCUAAAGCCAACAGAAUGCUUGGUUUUCUGCGCCGCAAUUGUUUCCACCUCACUGAUGUGGAUACUCGCCGCCUUCUGUAUUUGUCUCUGGUCCGCUCUCACUUAUCGUUCGGCUGCGAAGUCUGGGCUCCUCAAAGUGCGUCUGCUGAUCUGCUUCAUCUAGAAGGAAUUCAACGCCGAGCAACAAAGUUUAUUCUUCAGGACUAUGAUUUGUCAUACGUUAGUCGCUUGAAAAAACUAAAUCUAAUCCCCCUUUCAUACUGGCAUGAAAUUAAAGACAUUAUAUUCCUCUACAAAUGUAAAUACGGGAUGUACGAAAUUGACAUCAAUCAGUAUAUAACCCAACCUCUUCACCACUCCACUCGUUCCAGUUCUGGUGAUUUUCGUCCAAACCUGUGCAAAACCUCCCUCUUCCGAAACUCAUACUUUAACAGAAUUGUAUUUUUAUGGAACAAUUUACCGUCUGAUAUCAAAUCAUCUUCGUCAGUCGCCAUACUUAAAUCUAAACUAUAUAUGUAUUACACUAGAAAGCUGAAUAGUACUUUUGAUGUAGACCGUCCUAGAACAUGGAAAACUGUAUGCAGUAAAUGUCGUUCUUUACAUACAAUCUGUUGUUCAUAGAUGUAAUUAUAAUUGUUGUAUGUCCUAUUGUUUAUGUAUAUAAUAUGUAUUCUUGUAAUACCUAUAAGUAAUUAUGUAAUGUACGUUUUUGGUGGGACUUAAUUAGGGACUCACGUCCUGUUGUCCUUACCUUCGGUCAUUUGAUUGUAAAGUUAAUAAUAAAAAAAAAUUAAAAAAAAAAAAAAAUAAAAAAUAUUAAAUAUACAUUCAGUAACAACACGCAAAUUGCUAUAAAUAGCAACGUUACAGUCUAAUAAUAUAAUAUGAUGAUUUGUUGUGCUUUUGUUGUAUGUAGGUCUAUCACUAAAAUAUCUUGAAAAUUCUUCUAAACGUUUCUUUAUAAAGUAUACAAAGCAUAUACAUUGGAUAUCGAAACACAAAUUCAAAGUUUUGAACAAUUUGAGCUUCGUGACUUUGUAUAGACGUAUAGGCCUAAUGAUUUAAUUGUGUUACAUUCCACUGAAAGUCACCAAAAUGAGCUUUUUUAAAAGUCUCGUGUGAGGCUCCAAGGCAAUAACCCAAGCUAGUUUUUAUAUAUAACAUGUACUCAUGCUAUACCAUUCCGUGGAUGAAAUAUAAACAAAUUCACGAUUAUCGCACAUAGUAAAUUUCCCCUUCAAAUCCAACCACAAAAUGCAAUUCUAAAAUUUGACUAAAAAUAGUCAAUUUCAACGACGUCUGUCAGGCCAGUUAAAGCCUCCUGAACCAUUCUAUAUUGAUAACAGUGUUCUCUAAUACUUGAAUUAUAGUCAUUAAACCAUCAAAACUAUCUACGGGCAGUUUUGAAUCCGUCGCGAAGUGAUAAAAUUGACUAUGGCAACGGCGUUGUCUGCGGCUAAUUAUAGCCUUCCGGAGACAAAUUAUUGAUUUCUGAUAUUUGUACGUUUAUCGACCAAAUAUUGAAUAUCUAACCCAAACAUCAUUUAUAACUAGGUAUUACCUAAAUUUAAGCAAAAUAUGAAAGAAAUCUAUUUUUCAUCUAUUGCCACUGUUUGCUCGAUUUUUACGGACAGUCGCUCUUAAGUACUAAGCAAAAGUGUUUAGAGAGCGCGUAUUGACAUAUUACGGGUUUUACUUAAUCACAAGGUAGCCUAUAUUAAUUUUAUAAAAUGUAUCGAUUGACACUCAACUCUAGAAAUAUCAAUAUAAAAAUAUUUCCUACGGAAAUAUGUUUUUUUAUGUCAAGCCUGAAUUAUAGUGAUAAGAUAAAAGUAGGAAAUAGUUAGAUUGGAUUGUGGCAGAUUAAGGUGGGACUUGGCGGAGAAGGAAAUUCCGGUGCUUUUACCCACGUAAGAAACAUAAAGUCAAGGCCAAAUUUUAGCUACGAAAAGCAAAGCAAAGUUAUUCACUUUUCAAUUCAACCUUUUUCGUGAUCGAGUGAAGACAUACGAAUUUUCUUUGACGUUUUGGACUUCUUUCUUUUACCUUUAUACAGGUGAGAUUUUCAAUUAUUAUUAUUCUUAUAUUAUUCUUAUAUUUUCAUACUUUUAAUUUGGGUAUUAUGGACUUGUCACGCCCAAAAGUUCUUGUUUUUGGACACUCGUUUGUCAAAAGUCUCCAUCGCGAUUUGCGCUCUAAUUUCGACGUCCGUGCGGCCAUUAGUUUUAAUAUAUACAAAGGGCCUCCGUAAAAUUGCAUGGAAUUGGGGGACGCACAGUAGACAAGUUGAUCGCGUUCGAUUUAGAUAAAGUUCGUUCAUUUCGGCCUGCCAUUGUAAUUUUGGAAGUGGGUACUAAUGACCUUAGCCAUAGCAAACCCGAAGUAGUGGGUUCCAAAAUCGAUGACCUCGUUCAUCUUUUACUUCAGCUCCCUUAUGUUCAGAUAGUAGGGGUUUGCUUAAUUACACAUCGGGCAGCUUCCCCGGAGUUCAACAGGCAGGCGUUUAUUUUGAACCAAUAUUUAGAGGUCGUUCUGGACGGUGUUCCCAACGUUUUUUGCUGGAGUCAUAAGGGAUUCUUACAGCGCGUAAAAUCUCCGUUUCUACCAGACGGUGUUCAUUUCAAUCGUAGAGCGCAAUACACGCUGUAUCGCAGUUAUCGCGGUGCUAUUCUUAAAGUUUUAGCAAGCCUUCCUAGUUGUUAG